CGCGCAACGUGGUUCGAGGCCUCUUCUGUGAAUCCGUGCUGCCCUGAACAACAAAACAAGCACCGCGAAUUUCCAAUCAGUUUAAGUGCGCAGGUAACGUUGCGCUGCUGUGCCCGACUACAACUCAGCAAGACAGCGGAUCCCUGUCAUCUGGAAUAUAAUGUUAAAAUAACUUCAAGUUUAAUCAAGUUAAAUGCGCACCGCACAUGCUUUUCUAAUAUAUCCAAACUAAACUUGUUGUUAGCUCUCGUUUGGUUCUCGGUUUUAGGGAUGAGCACCAUCAGAAAAGGGCUAUCGUUAGCGGAGGUGUUUGGGGAGGACUCUGAAAAUGAGCGAACAUUUUAUGGCUUUUCUGACGAUGAGAUCAGCGAGCACAGUGACAAGGAUUCAAAUUUAGAAGUUGAGGACGAGGCCCAGCCCAACUUCUCUGCCAGGGAACAGAAAGCCACGACUAAACCGUCCUCGGGCGUCACAAGCUUCAGGCUGAGAGUGGUUCUCCGCUCCACUCCCUCCGCCCAGCAGUUCACUGACGAAGAUGAUGAUGAUGAUGAUGAGGAGGAGGAAAAGAGAGCCGGGAGGAGGGCAGGAAAGACCAGUCGGGCAAACAAGAAGAAGCGUGUUAAAUUUGAAGAAGUAGAGAGCGCCGUGUUUGGGCCGUCUCCUUCCAAAGAGCGUGGAUCCGAUUCAGCAGAAGAUGAAGCUGCUUCUUUCCUGACCAAGAGGGAACGGAACAUCAAGGCCAACAAAGCGAUGUUGGCUCAGUUAAUGUCGGACCUGCAGAAGAUGCCGGGAGGUGCAGCGAUUCUGCAAAAACAAGCAGCCAAACCGAAGACAAAAGGCCGAAGUUCUCGUCCCCCGCGCUCCGCUGCAGCCGGAGGAGAGUCCAGGAGGAACCCCGAGCGGGCGUCUCGCAGGCAGACCCGCUCGAUGGGGGCAACGGACGACCCCUCGGCCCCGAAGGAGGAAGACCUGGAGCUCAGCUUGGAGGAACUGCUGGAGGUACGCAGAUCGCCACGGCGCCGCGCCGCCCCGCGGCCCAAGAUGUGCAAGCCACAUUGCAUCCGUCCCGUGGAGGACGUCACAGAGGACGAGAUUCAGCUGGUUGCAGACAACAUGACCGAAAAAGUCUACAACAGAGUCACAGGCUCCACAUGUCAUCAGUGCCGUCAGAAAACGGUUGACACAAAGACGUGCUGCCGCGCCGAGGAGUGUCGCGGGAUUCAGGGUCAGUUCUGCGGACCGUGUCUGAGGAACCGAUACGGAGAGGAUGUCAGGAAGGCGCUGCUUGAUCCGGAGUGGAAGUGUCCUCCCUGCCGCGGUAUUUGCAACUGCAGCUUCUGCCGGCAGCGAGACGGCCGCUGCCCGACCGGCAUCCUGUUCCCUCUCGCCCAGUACCACGGCUUCUCCGACGUCCACUCUUACCUCAGCAGCCUCCGUAAGAAACUGAUGAGCGAGCACAACGAUGAAGUGGUGUGAUAGUUACGCGCUGCAGCAUCUUUAAAGUUUGUGAUUUGAUAAGAAAUAAAGUUUGUUUUAAUCAUGAGAUCGUGACACAAGUUUGCAAAGCAGAGACGAGAGUAUUCAGAAUUUUAAUCCAGCUGUUUGCAAUUGCAGCAGUUGUAUACACACAAUAUAAAAUCCCUUAUUUAAAAUGGGGCAAAGAAAGAUAAGAGCACUUGUUGUCUGAUAAACUUGGUCUAUAUUAUAAAAGGAGAGCAUUUAAUUGGUGUUACAAUUAACUCUGUCAAAGGAAGACUAAUUCUGAAGCAAAAACUUAACUGGUGAAAAGUAUUGUUCAGAAAGAAGGAAAUCAUUGACAAAUAUUUUGCAACUUAUUUAUUUGGCCAACCAAGAGAUGUGUGUCCGGCGCUUGCCUCAAGCUAGAUCUUUUCCAGUUAGAACUCUUAACAUUUCGCAAGUAAAAAUUAAUAGAACGUUCACGAACCAAAGAAAGACUUUUUGCUUAUAAAAUGAGUAUUAACCUUUGGUUUUAAGCUUGCAUAUUUAUGAAAUCUGGACAUUACAAAAUACUUCUGACCCGAUUUUAAGUUUUUCCACCGAAAGAAAACGGAAACUGACGUAACUGCAAAGAAAAAUAUACCAACAAGAAAAAAAAA